AUGGCUGUGACUUUCAAACUGCUGGCCCUGUGCUGCCUCGUUGGACUGAGCUGCAGCUCACCUGAAUGGUUUGAGAAUAUUUCUACUAAUCUCUUCAAUUUGCCAGGGGAUAUUAUGCUUGGAGGACUUUUUCCCAUCAACCUGCUCACCAGCAACCUGAGUCUGAGAGUGGAGCCCGGAGAGAUCAGCUGUAAAAGCUUAAAUGAGUAUGGAUUGGGUCUCGCUCUAACAAUGAAAUAUACAGUGGAUGAGAUCAACGCCAACCAAACCCUUCUCCCUGGGAUCAAGCUGGGUUAUGAAAUCUUUGACACAUGCUUACAAUCUGCCAUCAUCGUGACACCAACAUUCUUCUUCCUCACUGAAAAAUCCACCAGCAAGCUGGAUGUCAAGUGUAAUUACACAAACUAUGAGACCAGGAUUGCAGCUGUAAUUGGUCCUUAUAGCUCAGAGAUGGUCUCAAUCAUAGGAAAACUCCUAGGAUUCUUCCUAAUGCCACAGAUCAGCUAUGGUGCCACCAGUGACAAAUUCAGUGACAAACUUCUCUAUCCGUCUUUCCUGCGUACGGCACCCAGUGACAAAUGGCAAGCAGAGGCCAUGGUGCGCCUGCUAAGGGAGUUUAAUUGGAACUGGGUGGCAGUGGUGGGCAGUGAGGAUGAGUAUGGACAGGAGGGUCAGCGUGAGUUCUCCAAAAUAGCAGCAAAGAUGUCCAUCUGUGUGGCUUAUGAGGGGCUGAUCCCUAUAUACAGAAAUGCUACACCAGCAGUCAAAGCCAUCUUAGAUAAUAUCAACGCAACCAAAGUUGGAGUGGUAGUGAUCUUUUCCCUCGCAGAACCUGCUGUAGCCUUCUUCAAAGAGGUAAUCAGGAGGAAUAUAACUGGUGUAUGGAUUGCCAGCACAGCCUGGGCCAUCCAUAAUCAUCUGAUUUCCCUCCCUGACAUUCACACAGUCGGCACAAUCAUCGGAUUCACUGACAACUAUCAGAAACUGGACCUGUUCACCAGCUACACACAGGUGCUCUUCACCAGACUUAGUGAGGAGAGGACAAAGCCUAACCCGGGAACUACUGAUCCCGACAGCCCCUGCCCACAGUGUUGGAACUUGUCACCUGAUAAUAUUAGUCUGGUGACACAGCCUGUAGUGCAGAACAAUGCUUACAGUGUUUAUGCUGCCAUCUACAGUGUGGCACAGGCCCUGCACAACAUGCUGGGAUGCAACUCAACCACUUGUGUGUGGACACCUGACAGCAAAAUCUAUCCUUGGCAGCUGCUGCAAGUAUUGAAGAAUGUGUCUUUAGACAUAAAUGGAAUACAUUUAGCUUUUGACAGCAAUGGCAACCCAAACAUAGGAUACAACAUAGUGGAGUGGGUCUGGGAAAACUCAAAUACCCAUUUCAUACAAGUUGGGACCUUUAAUAAGAAACUUUCCAUCAACAAAAACCUUUUCAAGUGGCACACUCCAAAUUCAGAGCUCCCUCUGUCUACCUGUUCAGCAGCAUGUGUGGCAGGCCAAGUGCGCAGAGUCAAAGGCUUCCAUUCUUGCUGUUUUGACUGCAUUGACUGUAAAGCAGGCACUUUCCAAGCAAACAAAGAUGACUUUGAGUGUACUCAGUGCCCUGACAGACAGUGGUCCUUGAUUCGCAGCACCAAUUGUACUGACCCUACCUUUGACUUUUUGUUCUGGAGCAACCCUGAGUCCCUGGUAAUGAUGCUGGCUGGGGGAGUGCUGCUGGUGUGUCAGAUAUCAGUGGGGGUCGUGUUCAUGAAACACCGAGGGACUCCGCUCAUCAGCACCUCUGGAGGAGCCCUGAGUGGUGUGGCUUUGCUUGGCCUCAUGGGAAGCUGCCUCAGUCUGCUGCUCUUCCUGGGGCAGCCAACGGACCUAAAGUGUAAACUGCAGCUGCCCCUCAUCUCUAUUUCCCAAACAGUCUGCAUGUCCAUCAUCAUGGCCGUCGCACUACAGAUAUUCUUGGUGACUGAGUUCCCUGCAAAGGCCGUCUCUCACUUGGACACAAUCAAAGGUCGUGGACGCUGGCUGCUUGUGCUGGCUUGCUGUUGUGUUCAGGCUGGUAUCUGUGGCUGGGCUGUUCAGACAGAGCCCUCGCUGUCUGAGUACCUGGCCACACUGAAUAUAAACUUUGUGAGGAGGUUUCUGUCAUGUCCAAUGAAGUCCUUUGUGGGAAUAGUUCUAAUGCAAGGGUUUAAUGGUGCCUUAGCACUUACAUCAUUCAUGUGCACAUUCAUGUCAGUGAAGCCUGUCAGACAAUAUAACCUCGCUAGGGACAUUACCUUUUCCAGCCUGAUCUACUCUGUGAUUUGGGUGAUCUUUAUUCCCAUCUAUACUGGCUUGGAUGACAAGCCCAAGUGCAUUACCCACUUGUCUUUCAGCCUGGCCAGCAACAUGGGACUUGUGGCAGCUUACUACUUCCCAAAAUGCCAUCUGCUGUUGAAGAAACCUGAGCUCAAUACCCCUGACCACUUCCGUACCUUCCUGGAGGGAGUCCCACCAACACCUGAGGAGGCGCCACAGCCAGACCCGCAGCCACAACCAGGGCAAUAA